GGUUGGUUUUGUGAGUGCGACCAAACCUUGGAGCUCACCUUUCGAAAUGCGUCCAUAGUACAGGUCAUCACCAUAAUGAAGCAAAUAAGAGGGACGCCUACUUGGACAGUGAAGUAUUGACGUUAUCGACCGACUGCCCCACACAAACCUGGCCCUCGAUAGGGCUUUACUUCUGGCCAAUGGGGCACCGCCAUAGUCGUUUCACUACUCCCAAGCAGUUCUUCGUUGCCAUAAGAUUGCUCACAGCCACUGCCAACCACCGCCGAAACGUCUCGAACCAUCAUUCAACCACCGUCGUCCCCCACCAACAACAUGUCUUCCGCAGAAGGAAGCUCUUCCGACGAGGAGAUGCGCGAUGGCAAGACCGCAUCCUGGGAAAAGGGCUUGCUCAACGAUCACCUGCACCUUCUCCGCCAGCGACCAAGAACAGGCGCGCAAAGAGCCAUGCCUCAAACGGACACGUCAACCUAGUCCAGCGUUUGAUCGGGUUGCACCAAUGGGAGAACAACGAGCAGCUAUCAGAUGUCGUUGUUCGCUUUGGAGACCACCCGGAGGAUGUGUUCCACGGACACAAGGCGAUACUGUCAAGUUGGUCAUUCUGGUUUCGAAAUGAUUUUAUGAGCCCAGCGUGGAGAAAGGCAAACUCCAAAGAGAUCAUCCUGCACGGCGACAAACCAACAUAUCCUUAUCUGUUACUUCGAGCUCUGUACGUUCCAGGCAACAAGUUCCACAUCUCCGAGCCCUGGCUCGAUCGCGAGGCUGCGAACGCUGCGGAAAUGACACUCACCAAACGGGCCUUGUUUUCGAUAUCCGUCUGACAAGUCGCGGACAAGUACGGUUGCCCUAACGUCAGGUACUGGGCAUGCACCUAUGCUAGCGACUAUCUGAACAAGGCUCUUGACUGGGCUCAGAACCAUACAAACGUUCCGGGUAUGCCUGCAUUGACGGACAUCGAGGGUGUCGUUCGAGCGGUGUAUGACGUCGCAGGACACCUUCCGGUAGAGAAUGAGUCGC